AUGCUUUUAGAUGUUAUAAAUUUGACAGCAGUAGCGAUUAGAAGAUUAAUAAAAAUGGCUAAAAAAAUAAAUGCUUUCAAAAAUAUGUGCCAGGAAGAUCAACUGGCUCUUUUAAAAGGCGGCUGCACUGAAAUGAUGAUCUUGCGGUCAGCAUUGAAUUAUGAUUCUGAUAAAAAUAUGUGGAAAAUACCUCACAGUCAAGAAAAAAUGUCGAAAAUAAAAGUUGAAGUACUGAAAGAAGCCAAAGGUAAUCUUUAUUCUGAACAUGCAAGAUUUGUUGGGACUUUUGAUCCUCGUUGGCGUGAUGAAAAUAUUAUUUUAAUACUAAGUGCCAUUGCUUUAUUUACACCCGAUAGACCACGUGUUGUUCACAGCGACGUAAUUAAAUUAGAACAGGUGAAAUAA